CGUCAUGUUGACGCCAAACAUAAUGGCGGCUCAGUGAAACGCACAGGCUUCGUAAGCGACUUGAUUUUGAUCUUUUAAGAUGGCGGGCGACUCCUCUGAUAAGAAGGACCUGGACGCCGCAGGGAAGGAGCGGGAGUCUCGUAAGCGCAGUCGUUCUCGCUCCAGGGAUCGUGACCGGAAAGGAUCUCCGGGCAGAGAACGCAAACGGCACCGAUCCCGUGAACGCAAGCGCUCCCGCAGCAGAUCCAAAUCUCCUGACCGAGAUCGUCGUCUAAAAGACAAAGAAAGAGACAGAGAAAGGAGCCGCAAAGACAGAGAAAGAGACCGGGACAGACGAGACAAAGACCGGUCCAAGAAAUCAAGGAGCACUUCUCCUAAAUCCAAGGAUUUGAAAAUAAAGAGGGAGAAGGAUGUGAAAAAAGAGGAAGAGGAGGAAAAUGAGAAGAAGAAAGAGAAGGUGCAGCCUCUUUCUCUUGAAGAGCUGCUUGCUAAGAAGAAAGCAGAAGAAGAGGCAGAAUCUAAGCCCAAGUUCUUGUCUAAAGCAGAGCGGGAAGCUGAGGCCAUCAAACGGAGGGAGCAGCAGACAGAGGAUCGCCGCAAACAAGUGGACGAGGAGAGGAAGAAACGUAGAAUAUUUCAGGACAUCGGCAGGAAGAUGCUAGAGGAUCCUCAGGAGAGAGAACGGCGGGAAAGAAGGGAGCGGAUGGAAAGAGAGAACAAUGGGAAUGAUGAAGAUGAUGGGCGUCAGAAAAUUAGAGAAGAAAAAGACAAAGGAAAAGAGCUGCAGGCCAUAAAGGAGCGUUAUCUUGGUGGUAUGAAGAAACGGCGGCGUACACGCCAUCUGAAUGACAGGAAGUUUGUCUUUGAGUGGGAUGCGUCUGAAGACACAUCAACCGACUACAAUCCAAUUUAUAAAGAAAAGCAUCAGGUUCAGCUGUACGGUCGAGGCUUCAUCGCCGGCAUCGACCUCAAGCAGCAGAAGAGAGAUCAGUCUCGAUUCUACGGAGACCUGAUGGAGAAGAGACGGACCCUUGAGGAGAAGGAGCAAGAGGAACUGAGGCUGAAGAAGGUCCGAAAGAAGGAGGCCAAGCAGCGCUGGGACGACCGGCACUGGUCUCAGAAGAAGAUGGAUGAGAUGAUAGACAGAGACUGGAGAAUCUUCAGAGAGGACUACAGCAUCACGACCAAAGGAGGAAAGAUCCCCAACCCCAUCCGCAACUGGAAGGAGUAUUCACUGCCGCCACACAUUCUGGAGGUCAUCGAAAAGUGUGGCUAUAAGGAUCCCACACCUAUCCAGAGGCAGGCCAUUCCUAUUGGUUUACAGAACCGUGACAUCAUUGGUGUGGCCGAGACUGUUGUAGAUCUGAUGUGUUUUGCUCCUCAUUCUCAGAUUGUCAUAGCCACACCUGGUCGUUUGAUCGACGUGUUGGAAAACCGAUACCUCGUCCUGAGCAGAUGCACAUAUGUGGUACUGGAUGAAGCCGACAGAAUGAUUGACAUGGGCUUUGAACCCGAUGUCCAGAAGAUUCUGGAGUACAUACCUGUGACCAAUCAGAAGCCAGACACCGAUGAUGCAGAAGACCCCGAAAAAAUGAUGCAGAACUUUGAGUCAGGCAAACACAAAUACAGACAGACGGUCAUGUUUACGGCCACCAUGCCUGCUGCAGUGGAGCGUUUGGCCAGAAGUUACCUCCGUCGGCCUGCGGUGGUGUACAUCGGCUCUGCAGGCAAACCUCACGAGAGGGUGGAGCAGAAGGUCAUCCUCAUGUCCGAGGGUGAAAAGAGGAAGAAGCUGCUGGAUGUUUUGGCAAGUGGCUUCGAGCCGCCCAUCAUCAUCUUCGUUAACCAGAAGAAGGGUUGUGACGUGCUGGCUAAGUCUUUGGAGAAGAUUGGAUACAAUGCUUGUACACUUCAUGGCGGUAAAGGUCAGGAACAGAGAGAGUUUGCUCUGUCCAACCUAAAGGCGGGAGCUAAGGACAUCCUGGUGGCCACAGACGUGGCAGGCAGAGGUAUUGACAUCCAGGACGUCUCUAUGGUCCUCAACUAUGACAUGGCCAAGAACAUUGAGGACUAUAUCCAUCGUAUUGGCCGAACGGGUCGUGCUGGAAAGAGUGGUAUGGCGAUGACUUUCCUGACCAAAGAAGACUCUUCUGUUUUCUACGACCUGAAGCAGGCCAUCUUAGAAAGUCCCGUGUCCACCUGCCCGCCCGAGCUGACCAAUCACCCAGACGCCCAGCACAAGCCCGGCACCAUCCUUACCAAGAAGAGGAGAGAGGAGACCAUCUUUGCUUGAGCCAAACUUGUUGUUUGUUUUCUGUUGUACAUCUAGUGAGUGUGCUGUGUAUUACCACCAGAUUAUUUGCAACCAAGUUUAUAAGAGACCACCAGUAAACCAGUGGAUCAGUUUUCUGGCAGAUAAACCAACGGCAAGUGUAGAAAUCUGUAAGAAAGCUGUAGCAGAGAGAAGUCAUCCCUUGAUGCACAGUUAGUCAAACAUAACAUUGUAGAACGGCACACAUCUUUUCUUUUUUACACAUUAUAUGUAAUUGUGUUUGAUUUUUAAAUCGUGUAAAAAUACCAAAUGAUUAAUGCAUCUGUAGAUACUCCAUUUCAGUCAAAGGAUGAGUAAAACUGUUGACUCUGUGGAUAAAUAAUAAAGUCCUUUAGAC